GCGCAUCUUGCCCGCGAGUUUUGUGCCUCACAUUGUAAGAUCAAGAAUUUUAAUCUGCAACGGAGAGAAAGCAAGCCUCGUGGUUACAAGUUUUAUUUGCACGAACGUUCUUUCCAAACAUUAUGGGCGCGUAUUUGGCGAAACCAAAAACGGAGAAGAUUUCUGAGAGCAGCGAAAACGGUAAAGUAAGGUAUGGCGUAUCCUGUAUGCAAGGCUGGCGUGUGACUAUGGAGGAUGCACAUACAUGCAUGUUGGAUUUUGACAACAGUUCCACACUGUUUGCAGUUUAUGAUGGCCAUGGAGGAUCAGAAGUAGCACAAUACGUAGCUAAGCACUUGCCAAAAGUUCUGAAGAACACAGAGAGUUACAAGAAAGGAGACAUCAAACAGUCAAUGGUUGACUCAUUCCUGGCAGUUGACCAGCUGAUUAUCAGUGAUGAGGGUCUUGCAGAGUUGAAGGAAUUAGCAGGAGUUGAUAAGGACAUUGAUGAAGAAGAAGAUCUUGGAUUGUUGGAACAAGAAGCUUCAAUGCCUCUGCAUGAACUGUUGGCUAAGAUGAAAGAGAUGAAAAAGAGGUUAGGAGAUGGUAAUGAAGAGGAAGUGGAAUACUGGUCAGAAAAUGAUGAGCAAACCGCAGCUGAUGAUGGUGAAGAGGAAAAUGAAAAUAAAGAAGAGAAGAGUGCCAUUAUUGAUUCACAAAAUGAAAAUGGCAUCAAAAACGGCAAAGACGGGAAAAAGAUAAGUGAAAAUGGUUCAGAAGAUGGAGAUGGAAGUUCUUCGUCUAACAAGGACUCUACAAACGAAACUACAGAGGAUGACAAGGAAAGGAAGAACAAAGAAAUAGACACUGACAGCAAAAAUGACGAAAAAACACAGAAAGAAGAGGCAGGGACCAGUCAAGAGGAAAAGGUGGAAGAAAAUAAUACAAGUGAUGAGAAGAUUGCUGUUGAAGAAGGUGAUAACGAUGAUGAGGAAGAGGGUGACGAGGAGGAGGAAGAAGAAGAAGAUGAUGAUGAUGACGAUGACGAUGACGAGGAUGAUGAUGACGAUGAUGAUGACGUAGAUGGACAAGUUGCCAAUGAAAAUGAAGGAUUUCAAAGCUCAGAUGAGGUUGGAUAUGACAGUGGAACUACAGCGAUAGUCGCUUUGUUACAUGGCAAUCAACUAUCUGUAGCGAAUGUGGGCGAUUCACGUUGUGUGUUGUGUCGCAAUGGUAUUGCUUUGGAAAUGUCUAUGGACCACAAACCAGAGGACGAACAUGAAUUAAAUAGAAUUCACAAAGCAGGCGGGAAGGUCACAUGUGAAGGAAGAGUUAACGGCGGCCUAAAUCUAUCAAGAGCGUUAGGUGAUCAUAGCUAUAAAUUACAAACAGAUUUAUCGGCUUACGAGCAGCAGAUCACUGCAGUGCCAGAUGUCAGACAAACACCACUAACAGAGGCGGACGAGUUUAUGGUCAUCGCCUGUGACGGGAUAUGGAAUGUGAAAGGGAGUCAAGAAGUCGUAGAUUUCGUGGGAGACAGACUACGAGAACAAAGAAAGAACAGUCAGCUUAACCUAACAAAGAUUUGUGAGGAGCUUCUAGAUUCUUGUUUAGCGCCGGACACUACAGGAGAUGGAACUGGUUGUGAUAACAUGACAGCCAUCAUAGUGCUGUUCAACUCUGAGUCUGGCGGCGCAACAGAACACAACGACAAAAAGAGAAAGCAACAAGAAGCAGACAUACCCGACGGAGAUUUAGCUGGAAAGAGGAUCAAAACAGACGACUCUUAAUAUCCACUAGCGGGGACAAACAUUAUUUUCAAGCGUUCUGCCAUCCCUUGCAUUCACUGGUCAUGUUGUGAAAUCCUGCGUCAAGCGAUGGGAGCCAUCUUGAAAAUACACAAUGAGCUACAAUGGACAGAGAAUCGUUUAUCUCGUCAGGCAUUGUCUGUUUAUCCUUUGACUCAAGAUUGAUCGGCAUUUUAUUUCUCGUUUCAAUAUCAUUAUAUUAUCAUACAGAAAGGUGAUGAGAAUAAAUAAGCUCAUCAACUAAGUGAUGAUAGGGAGCUUAAGCAAACCGCGACGGCAACGGCGAGAACACAACAAACCAAAGGUUUAAUGAGCAGCCCAAUGCCCGCACGUGCGUCAUAGACUUUUAUAUUUCGUAGUUAUCCUUUCCAGAAACAACGUGAAAUAACCAAGUUCUGAGUACUUUGGAUAACUGCGUCGCGAUAGCUUACUUUUCGUUUUUCCUUGUGGAAUCAUAGCUGGCACUGUAGAACUAUUUUGAGUGGGGUUUUAGACCGAUUGGCGUACUAACCGUAUCAAUGACAAAUUCUCGACCGUGAUUAGUUCUCCGCUCGCCUAUUUGUCACCUAAUCGGUGCGCGAUCACAUGGGUGUCCAAUUACAGGUAUCCAGUUUGAACCUUUUUGUAAUCGGAUACCUGUAAUUGG